AUGAACUCAUUACUGACACGUCUCCUCCCGGUAGGCCGCCCGGUCGCGCUUGGCACGGCCGCGCCGCGCGGCCGCGUGCUGUACAGCACGCGCCUGGCGGACCCAGAACUCGAGCGCAUCGAGACCGUCCCGCUGCAGGCCACGCGCCUGGCGGGCGAGCCCGCGCGCGCGGGCGCGCAGCCCGCCGCGCCCGUCGUGAUCUUGCACGGCCUGUUCGGCUCGCGCCGCAACAACCGCCGCCUCGCCCAGCUCCUCAACGGCCGCCUGGGCCGCGACGUCUACACGCUCGACCUGCGCAACCACGGCGCGUCACCCCGCACCCCGCGCCACGACUACCCCGCCAUGGUCGCAGACGUCGCGCGCUGGCUGCGCGAGAAUACCGGCCGCGCGGCCCCGGUCCUCGUCGGACACUCGAUGGGCGCCAAGGUCGCCAUGGGCCUCGCCCUGCGCCAGCCGCACCUGUGCUCCGCCCUGGUCUCCAUCGAGAACGCGCCGGUCGCCACGGUGCCCGAGCCGGAGUUCCCUCGCUACAUCGGCGCCCUCGAGCGCCUCGCCGCGCAGCCUGAGCUCUCUGCCGCGCAGGCGCAGCGCGCCCUCGCCGCCGUCGAGUCCGACCCCGACGUCCGCCUGUUCCUCCUCUCGCUCAUGGAGCACUACCGCGACCCCGCCUCAGGCAAGUUGCGCUACCGCCCGCGCAUCCCCCUGCGCACGCUCAAGGACGCCGUUGUCCGCGGCGCCAUCGCCGGCUGGGAGCUUUCCCCCGCGACCCACCGCUACACGGGCCCGGCGCUGUUCCUCCGCGGCACGCGCUCGAACUACGUCGCCGACGACUACCUACCUGCCGUCGGCAGCUACUUCCCGAACUUCGACGUCCGCGACGUUGCCGGCGGCCACUGGAUCAACAGCCAGCAGCCGCAGCUCUGCGCCGACCUCAUCGUAGACUUCCUCGGCCGCCGCGAUCUUUAG